AUGUCCCCAGAGCACCAAGACAAGGAUGUUGAAACCUCUUCGGCGCCUGCUGAGGUCGUCGCAAAGGAAAAGGCCCCCGAGGCAGACACGACACAGGACCGCAAUAGGACAAUAACAUUUGACAAAGCCACUCGUCAUCCCAAAGACCAAUCCAAAUCACUGUACAUACCACCACCACAUGCUCGAGACAAGGAAUCCGAGGCGAUUAAACCCGCUAGCCGGCGGAGGUCAGUGGACGGACCAUCCAUCACCAAAGGUACCAUCUCGAUGGAUCGAGUCACCUCUAUUGCUUCCUCCAUGUUUAUCGUUGGUCACACACCCGCAAAAUCACGGUCACACCAGACGCCCCGCGUUUCGCCACCGCAGACCGCAGGACUUCCUCAACUGUCCGCGCAAGUCACGAUAGGCCGAAAUUCACAGUUUCGCAACUUGACCGCCCGAGAUCGAGAGCGGCUUGGUGGCAUCGAGUAUCGGAGUCUAAAAUUAUUGCUAAAAAUCCUUGUUGGAUACUUUUUCGGACUUCAUCUCUUUGGAGUCAUUUGCCUUGUCCCUUGGGUACAAAAUGCACCUCAAAAAUACCUCGACUGGUUGGCAGAAUGCGGUCAAGACAAGACCUGGUGGGCCUUCUACUCGGCGCAAACGAUGGUAAACAACCUCGGCUUCACUCUAACACCUGACUCGAUGAUUCAUUUCCAAGACGCAACUUGGCCAAUGCUUGUCAUGACCUUUCUAGCCUUUGCUGGCGAGACCUUCUAUCCUAUCUUCCUCCGUCUGGUCAUCUGGAUCAUAUCCAAGAUUGUGCCCAAGACAUCGGCUAUGCGUGAACAGCUCCAAUUCCUCCUCGAUCACCCUCGGCGUUGCUACACCCUGCUAUUCCCCAGCAAGCCAACGUGGAUCUUGUUCGGUAUCCUAUUCCUCCUCAACUUUAUCGACGUUCUCCUCAUCAUCGUUCUUGACCUUGAUAAUUCGGCUAUUGAUAAUCUUUCAACCGGUCCUCGCAUACUCGCCGCCCUCUUUCAGGCUGCCUCAUCGCGUCAUACCGGAACCUCGACAUUCAAUCUCGCCGACGUCAAUCCUGCAGUACAGUGGAGUCUGGUAGUCAUGAUGUACAUUGCCGUCUUUCCUAUUGCAAUCAGCAUCAGAGCGUCCAACACCUAUGAGGAGAAGUCCUUGGGUAUUUACUCGGCGAAGCUCGAAAUGGACGAGAGCAAAGGUGCAUCGUAUGUCUUGAUGCACAUGCAGAACCAACUCAGCUUCGAUCUGUGGUACAUCUUCCUGGGUGUUUUCUGCGUCUGUUGUGCUGAAGCAGAUAAGAUUGUUGAUCUGAGCAAUCCGCUCGUCAUAUGCGCGAUGAUGAUACGUGGGCGUCACCGUGGCCUACCUUACAGCCUUGAUCGUGCAAUCAUGCUACCUGCUGAACGCGACCCGGGUCAAGAAGAUUCCUCAUCCGAUGCCGUACAGGGGAAGAAACAGGAUUAG